AUGGCUAACAAAAUGAGUUCAGACAUCACUACUGCCCCCAGUGCCCUCACGACGACCGCUGCUCUGACUACUGCCAAGCCUGGCUUCAUCGAUGGCAUUAUUAACAAAAUACCUUUACCCAAAUGGGCUGUCAUCGCCAUUGCAGUCGCGGCAGGCCUUCUCCUCAUCCUCUUCCUCAUCUGCAUCAUCAAGUGCUGCUGUUGCAAGAAGAAGCACAAGAAGAAGGAGAAACUCAACUUGCAAAACAUCAAUGGCUCCACCACUGCCAGCCUGGUCCAGCCAGAUAUGGAAGAUUUGGAGUCUGGACUCGAGAACGAGAAGCGAGGAAGGCUGCAGUAUUCCCUGGAGUAUAACUUCCGUAGCCAGGAGAUGAAGGUUGGAGUGAAGCAGGCAGCAGAUUUAAAGGCCAUGGACAGCGGGGGGACCUCUGACCCAUACGUUAUUGUCUACCUAACAUCUGAUAUGAGGAAGAAGUAUGAAAGCAAGGUUUACCGGAAGACGUUGAACCCUGUCUUCAAUGAGACCUUCACCUUCCAGAUUCCCCAGGCGGAGAUGUCCGAGUCCACCCUGGUGAUGCAGAUCUACGACUUCAACCGCUUUGCCAAACACGACAUCAUCGGCGAGGUCCGGCUGCCUCUGGGCGACUUCGAUCUGCAGCAUGUGAUUGAGCAGUGGCAAGAGCUCACCGCUGCCAGUAAGAGGGAGCAAGAGCGCCUUGGGGAGAUCUGUUUCUCACUCCGAUACAUCCCCAGCACCAGCAAGCUCACUGUGGUGAUCUUGGAAGCCAAGAAGCUCAAGAGGAUGGACUCAAGUGGAUUAUCAGACCCCUUCGUCAAAGUGCAGCUUAUCUUGAACAAGAAGAAAUGGAAGAAGAAGAAGACAGGUGUGAAGAAGAGCACUUUAAGCCCCUACUUCAAUGAGGCGUUUACUUUUGACGUGCCUUUCAACCAGAUCCAGAACAUCGACUUGGUGAUUUCGGUCUGGGAUCACGACAAGGUGACCAAGAACCAACAGAUCGGCAAGGUGUUCCUGGGCUGCAGAGCCACGGGCAACCAGCUGCGCCACUGGUCAGACAUGCUGGCCAAUCCCCGCCGACCCAUCGCCCAGUGGCACAACCUGCAGCCGGUAGAAGAAGUGGACAAUGCCCUGGGGCUGAAAUCCCACUUCAAGCUGCCUCUGCCUGGCAAAUAA